CGGAGCUCACGGCCGGCCGGCAGGUUUCCCAUCUCCCUCAAUCUGCUGUGAUGGCUGCCGUGGUCCCUGGCGCCGUUUCCCUCUCCCCAGUGCUGUCUAUUCUCCUGGGCCUGCUGCUCCUCUCUGCUCCGCAUGGCGGCAGCGGCCUGCACACGAAGGGCGCCCUUCCCUUGGACACAAUCACUUUCUAUAAGGUCAUCCCCAAAAGCAAGUUCGUCUUGGUGAAGUUUGACGCCCAGUACCCCUACGGUGAAAAACAGGAUGAGUUCAAGCGCCUGGCUGAAAACUCGGCCUCCAGUGAUGAUCUCUUGGUGGCAGAAGUGGGAAUCUCAGACUACGGAGACAAGCUGAACAUGGAGCUGAGUGAAAAAUACAAGCUGGACAAAGAGAACUACCCAGUCUUCUACCUCUUCCGGGAUGGGGACAUUGAGAACCCUAUCCCAUACAGUGGGGCAGUUAAGGUUGGAGCCAUCCAGCGCUGGCUGAAGGGGCAUGGGGUCUACCUUGGCAUGCCUGGCUGCCUGCCUGCCUAUGACACCCUGGCAGGUGAGUUCAUCAAGGCCUCCAGCAUAGAGGCCCGCCAGGCCAUCCUGAAACAGGGGCAGGACGGCCUCUCAGGUGUGAAGGAGACAGAGAAGAAGUGGGCCAGCCAGUACCUCAAGAUCAUGGGGAAGAUCUUGGACCAAGGUGAAGACUUCCCGGCCUCAGAAAUGACACGGAUCGGCAAGCUGAUCGAGAACAAGAUGAGUGACAGCAAGAAGGAAGAAUUGCAGAAGAGCUUAAACAUCCUGACUGCCUUCCGGAAGAAGGGGGCUGAGAAGGAGGAGCUGUGACGGCGUUUGCUGGGGUGGGAAGGGGACAGUCACCUGCUGGCUGUUGAGGCCCCUGUGGGGUACAAGGGGUGGUGGAGCGAAGCAGUCCUGAGCCAGAAAUGGAGCCCUAAGUACUCCUGGGUAUUCAUGCUGCUGAGACCAUACAUAGGACAUCCUGAGCCAGUGUGUGGACUUGUGUGCUCAGUCAAGGCUGGUGAGAUGCCCCCGCAGAGGAAGCGGUGCUACGGAGCAGUUCAUUCUGAACAAAUAAAAGAGUCUGUUUUGGUUAGGUGGCUUUCUUUCA